AGUGGCGGCUAUGUUGCCGGGCAACCAGCACCCCUCGUGUCGCGAGUGCCCUGACACCGCCUGAGGGCGCCCGCCGCGUCGCGAUCACCUCGUGCUGCGCUCGUGCCUGCUGCUCGGGUCCGCCUUCCUGCCCAAGGGCACGACCACUCUCUCACACCACUCUCAGAGGGAGCUAACCCUCUGAACGAACACAUCUGAGCCACCGAGGACACAGAGGAUAGCGCGACUGCAGGCGAGCGCUAGGGGCGGCAUGCUGUGGAGCGACGCCUGGCGGCUGCUGCUGCUGCCACUGCUGCUCGCAGGCGGGGCGAGCGCCGGCGUGCUGGCCAAGCACUCGCGCCACCACCGGGACUCGACGCCGGCCACGCCCGCGACGCUGACGGCGACGCCGCCGCCGCCCCCCGUGCCGGCCACCGCCGCCCCGGCGCCGGACGACGCCGGCUACGCCAUCGCCGUGUUCGACGACCUUGUCACGGAGGACAGCCCGUGCUCGCUGCUGUCGUGCGGCGCGGGCCGCGAGUGCCUGCUGGACGGGGCGGGGCGCGCCUCCUGCGAGUGCCGGCGCCGCUGCCCGGCGCGCGCGCGGCUGGCCGUCUGCGGCAGCGACGGCCGGCGCUACGCCUCGCAUUGCGACCUGCACCGCCAGGCCUGCCUCCAGCGCCGCCACAUCGCCUUCGACCACAAGCUCGCCUGUCUGCGGCAGCCGACGCCCGCCGCCGCCGCCGACGCCGAAGCCGCCGCCGACGUCGACGCGUAUGCUGCAGGGAACUGGACAGAACAGGAGAAGACGACACCUGCUGUGGAUGCCUCGCAGGAGCUGAGUGCUUCGCAGGAAUCUGGUUCCGACCUGGACUUCCUCAAUAACUCCGUUCCGGACGAUCCAGGGCCACGCGUGUGCACUCUGCAGCAGUACGAGAUCAUGAAGGAUAAUCUGCUUCUGUACAACCACGCCAGACUGAUGGCAGAAGACAACCGCAGUUCUGGAAAGGAGUACCUGGUGAGCAUCAUGUUCAGCCAUUACGACCAGAACAACGACGGCGCCCUGGAGAAGGAGGAGCUUGACGAGAUCACGACCAAGGAGCAGCUGCGGCAGCUGUCCAAAGGCUGUACGCUGGGCCACAUGGUCGACUUCGACGACGCCGACAAGGACGGCCACCUCGACAUCAACGAGUUCUACAUGGCCUUCAGCAAGCUCUACAGCGUUUCGGUGGUGUCGCUGGACAAGGCGCUGCAGGUGAACCGGCUGUCGGCCCGCGUGGGCGACAACGUGGAGAUCAAGUGCGACGUGAGCGGCACGCCCCCGCCGCCCAUCGUGUGGCGGCGCCACGGCGCAGACCUGGCCGCGCUCGCCGGCGACGGCGUCGGCGUCCGCGUCUUCAGCGACGGCUCGCUCUACCUGACGCGCGUCCAGCUCGUGCACGCCGGCAACUACUCCUGCCACGCGCAGCGCAACAAGGACGUCGUGCAGACGCACGUGCUCACCGUGCACACAAUACCGGAAGUGAAGGUGAUGCCCAAGAUACAGUACAGACGUCCUGGUGAGCAGGCGUCCAUGUUCUGCCACGUCGUGGGGGAGCCUUUCCCUAAGGUGGAGUGGCUGAAGAACGACGAGCCGCUGCGCGCGCGCCAGUGGCCGCGCAAGUACGACCUGGUGGGCAACGGCACCGAGCUGCGCACGCGCCACAUCGCCUACGCGGACACCGGCGCCUACAUGUGCCAGGCGCGCAGCGUCGGCGGCCUCACCAGGGACAUCUCCUCGCUCGUCGUCCAGGACGAGCCCACGCCCACGGCACCCAACGAGGAGAGGCGCUUCUUCUCAUUCCACGACUGGGGCGUGUCCGUGUACGAGCCGACGGCGUGCCGCCUCUACCACCAGAUACAGGCCACCGACAUCAUACCAGGAACGCAGCAGCAGUACGUGUGCGGCGACAAGGGCGCCAACUGCAGCUGGGGGCAGGCCAUCAACGUGGCCAACCGCUACGUGUACGUCGCGCAGCCCCGCAACGACCGCGUCCUCGUCAUCAGCAAGAUACAGAUGGUCGUCGUCGACGUGGUCGUGACGGACAAGUUCCCCGUGGAGCUGCACUACGUGCCGCACCUGGACCAGGUGUGGGUGCUCAACUGGCGCGCUGAGCACGACAGCGGCGUCAAGACCAUCCAGGUGAUCCGCGACGCCUCGCAGAAGCGCAAACACCACACCGUGCACCCCGAGCCCAUCGACGGCCAGUUCGACCUCGUCCAGGGGCUCUUCGUGCCGCCGCUGCAGGACCUGCGCUACAAGUUCCAGUACGGCUACGUGUCGCACUGGAAGCAGCGAGGCCUGUACAAGAUUGACCUGGCCAACAUGCGAUACGUCCGCAGCGUCGACCUCUCGCUCUACAAUUGCGUACCGCGCCAUCUGCAAUUCUCAUCUCUGUACGGGCUCGUCAUCGUGGAGUGCGAGCAGCCGGCGGGCCAGCUGCUGCUGGACUACCUGACGGACGCCGUGGUGUCCCACAGGGCUCAGGUCUCGGGCCGGCCCUACGUGUCGCCCGACAGCCGGGCCGUCGUCACGCUGGACCGAGGACGCGACGGCGUCACGCUCGUGGUGCAGCGGGUGCAGGACGACGGCCUCAAGUUUCUGUUCGACGUGAAGACGACGUUGAACGUCAGUGACAUCGCCUUCUACCCGUCAAGAACGAACCACGGAUACGACCUGUACGCCAGCGGAACCGAUAAGGAGGACAUACUCUUUCUGAAUCUAGUCACAGGCAAGGUGGAGAUGAUCACGGGCGUGGGUCGGGCGAUGCCGGCGCGCCUGUCGCAGUGGGGCGCGCCGAACCGGCCCAUCGCCGCCUCGGGCGUCUUCGGCCACUACAUGGUGACGUCGGCCAGCGGCGCGCUCUUCGUCAUCAACGGCGAGACGCGCACCGUCAACUGCGAGAUCGGCGGGCUGGCGCGGCCGCGCGCGCUCGUCUGGGUCACGAUGCGCCUGCAGUGACGCCGGCCCGCACGCCUCGGCGCGGCGCAGACUCCCUCCGCCACUCACCGCUGCCACCCGGCCUCCGACUCGCAGCAUCCGUUCACCAGACUGGCAGAAUUCUUCCUCCCUCGCUGUACUCAGUGACUCUCCCGCCUGAAAACGCGCGUCUCAAGACUGUCAAAUGAAUCAUUUCGUCGACGGUCCGCGUAAUAUGCAGUUUGUUGCCGACACAGCAGCGUCUCUUCCCUUCCCCCUCACCCCUCCAGAUAACUCUUCAUUUUGUACACACGCAUUCUGAAGCGACGAAUGAAAAUUUGUACCAAGAACAGGUUCCAAACCUGGGUCUGCAGCUCACUAGGCAGAUGCGCUAACCACUAUGCCACCCUGCCUUACUCAAACCAAAUUCCAGUUCACGCCUCAGUCCACUUGGUAUUCCCCCGAAACUCGAACAGGAUUGCAGAGGCUUUACAACUCUAUUGUAAUAUCACCUUAGUAUUGCUGUUCGACUCCACAGGAAUCCCAAGUGGGUUGUGGGAUGAAUGGGAAUUUUGACUGAGCAGGGAGGCGAGCGACGGUAGUUCGUGCACUUGUGCAAAGCCGCUGAACCAGGGUGGAGUAGUGGCUAGCGCACCUGCCUAGCGAUCAGGAGAUCCGGGUUCGGAUUCUUGCUUCGGUACAAAUUUUCAUUCGUCAUUUCAGUCUGCAUAUAUACAUCAUAGAUGUUUCGGACUUGAAAAUGGCUCUGAGCCAUGUAGUUUCAUUUGAUCUGCUCUGUUUGGCUGUGAUAUUAUUGACUAUAACGAUGGUAAAAGGGCCGAUUCUCUAAAGAGUCACUAACACUAAUCUCUCGUACGGACGACUUUUACCAUCGUAGGCAGUUUUCUGUUGAUAUGUUUGCUGCUUCUGGAAAAAAAAUAGUUUAUGGAGCUAUGCCACAUGCUAAUUGCGCUAUGCAAAUCAUGCAGCCCGAAGCACAGUCUGAACAGAUGUGCCCCUUUUUAAGUCGGCACCAUAUCUUCGUUUUUCUUACAGACUCUUCCACACAACUUUUAUGAGUACACAUUUCUUACUUUACAUACUGUAAAACAAAAUAGUAAUUAAAUAUUCAACUUCUUAAUGAAUCUACAUAAAAUUUCUAGUUACUAAGCAAAAAUUCAAAUGUAAGAUUCAUGUUUAAAUGGAAACAUUUACGCAAGUUUUCGUGAAAUAUUCAUGUAGGCUUUGCCGAACGGAAUUUCUCGUCAAUGUACGCAUGCGUCUUUUGGUAGUAGACACCGAAACAUGCUUUACUUUAUAGUAAGUCUAUUUUCUAUGAUUUACUAUUUUCUGAGUUGUUACAUGACGUUGAACUGGAAUUCGUAAGCUGCAUGAAUCUAACGUUCACUGUACUCACAGCGCAACAGGCUCUCUAUUGCCUGACGUGGCAGCUGUCUUAACAAUCAUUUGAAAAACCCUUAAACUCACACAAUUAUACCUCAUUUCCUUUUAUGACAGCGUACACGAUAUUAAUUUCAGGAGUAUGACAGCGAGCCUUAAAUGUAGUAUAUAUCUUUACCCUCUGAUAAUGUGUUUACCAUUUUGGAAUGUUUCAUAUAACUUGUUCCAACAAACUCUUUUCGAGCCUCUUUUCCACUAUUGUAACGUUGUUUUAUCGAUGCAGGUCAGAGACAUCUACACUGUACGUGAGAGAAGCGUUAUAACUUUAUAGUAAAUCUACAAGAAAAAAAUCAGGAGAUAAAACUGCGAAGCGAGAAUCUGCGGAAUGAUCAGUGUCAUUAUUCUACACUGUCUGACGUAAUUAAAUAAUCACUAUAUCGAAUCCCCGUAAUUGUCUUGCACUGCGACGCAAGAGUUUCUCGUUUGGCUCAACUACAAUCUUCCUCUAUGUGCAAAAACGUAGCGUCCUGUGACGUCAUCGUAGGGCUCGGCGACGCUUCAGAUAGCAUGGUGUUCGAAAUAUUCGAAAGAAAGGGCAGAGCUCACAAGUCCGUGUGAGGUGUAAGUCGGGCUAGUGAUGUCACAUUGGCACCAAAUUUCACGCCUAUUCUGCCAAUGCCACCGAGAACGUGCCACUCGAUGGGAAGGUCGUUGGCCUUCACAUUUCACACCUUUUUUUUGACGCCUCUGCGAUGGAGGGUUCAACAACGACGUCCGGAGUUAAAUCACGCGAGUUUCUUAUGGACAGUCGAGGAUAAUAUUUCGGACACACCUCCACUCACUAGCGACAUAAAAGGCGGCAGUGGGUGGCGUAAAUCCUAUCAUUCAAACCACCCCUUCCCUUGGGGCUCUGAUUCCCACACAUUCGUAGUGAAAAACUAGAGUUCGCAGUAUGAUGAGCAACAGGACGACGUUCUUGAACACUUUUGACGCUGCUGAAAUCCCUAUGACCAUUCAACUCUUUUCUAAAGACAUCGUGGGCUUGCCACCACAACGAAAAUAAUCGCAUCCUUUUGAAGCGUAGCGUUACCGCAAUUUUUGCUCUGGUGUACAGUGAAGAGCCACUAGCGACCGUUCAAGACAAUCAGAAGAAAUUUGAACAUUCUCCUAACCAGAGAAGGGUAUUUAUGCAUUAUUAGCCCUUGUGUUUCGCACCAACUUGAAGUGUGAUCUUGGACUGGAGAGAAGGGUGAGCCACAUUCACAUGUGCAUGAAUAAAACGGCAAAGGUUUCCCCUAAAACCUCCAAGUAUUGUAACACCCUAAACUCUGACGGUUCCUUGGCGCCAGCAAGUAGGCAACCCAUUAGACACUCCUCAGAUU